AUGAUGGUCGAAGUACAGUCCAAGAAACUGGUCGAGCCAUCUGCUCCGACGCCGAAUCAAAGUCGAAAGCUCGGCCUGUCCUUCAUUGACGACCUUUUAUUUUCUGAACAUGCCGGCAUCAUUUACUACUAUCGAGCUCGCGAAAGUACGCACGAGAUCCAUACGCUUCAGAGGCUUCACCGCUUGGAGGAGUCGCUUUCGGAAACACUAGCCCUCUUUUACCCUCUAGCCGGUCGGUACGUCGAAGAAGAGCUCUUCAUCGACUGCAACGACCAAGGAGCGGAAGUUAUCCAAGCCAAAGUGGAUGGCACUCUAGAUCAGCUCCUCCAGGGAGAUCUUGACCAUGACCUUCUUAACAGCUUGUCGAAAUUCCCGCCGCCAGCAGCAAACAAUCCACUGGUCGUAGUUCAAGUGAACAGCUUCAAUUGUGGCGGAUUAGCGAUUAGCCUGCGCUUUUCUCACAAGAUAGGCGACAUGUACACCAUGGCCAUGUUCAUGAACUCGUGGGCCACAGCAUGCCGGAGCGGAAUCCAGGAAGUAGUCCCGCCAAAUUUCGAGCUGCCAUCUCUAUUCCCGGUGAAAGAACCCGCACUCAUACAAUGGCCCACACUCCCCUUCAGAAAAAAAUUCGCACUGGCUAGACUCAAAUUCAGCGGCCAAGCCCUGUCGAGAAUGAAAGCCGCUUCCGAUGCUUCCGACUCAUCGGAUUCAAUAGCUAAUAACAGCCAAAGGUCACGGGUGGAAAUCGUGUCUGCGCUGAUAUGUAAGGCUCUUAUCACCGUUGAUCGCGUGACAAAAGGCCUGCUGAGGCCUUUUGUGUGUUCCACAGCUAUCAACUUGCGUGAAAGAGUACAAUUAAAGACGCCGACGAACGCGUGCGGCAACUUCUUUGCUCAAAUCACCACUCCACUUGCUGUAGAAGAGACAGAGCCCUCUUUCAAUGGAAUACUGAAUCAGCUAGGCAACGCGCAUAGGAAUGCCAAAUUGAAGUACGCCGCGAUAGCAGACGCUGGUGUGUUGUGCUCGGUGGUGGCAGAUUCGUUCAGGGAAUUGGUGAGUGUAUUAGGCAGAGAUGGAGCAGACGUGAUUCUAAUCGAUAGCUGGUGUAGAUUCCCGCUCUACGACAGUGAUUUUGGGUGGGGAGCCAGACAUGGUGAGCAACUCAAGCCCUCCUCUGAGGUCGGUUGGUCUUGUGGAUAG